AUGUCUAAUACGCCUGUAUCUGUGAAGAAGGCAUUACAAGCGUUAUUGAGGGAACCAGGGAAUCAAAUAUGUGCUGAUUGUAAGAAUCAAUCGCAUCCAAGAUGGGCAUCAUGGUCAUUAGGUGUGUUUAUAUGUAUUAAAUGUGCCGGUAUACAUAGAUCAUUAGGAACGCAUAUUUCUAAAGUGAAAUCUGUUGAUUUAGAUAAUUGGAAUGAAGAAAAUUUGAAGAUGUUAAUUAAGAUGCAAAAUAAUGAUGUUGCAAAUGGAUAUUAUGAACAGAAAUUGGAUAGAAGUUUAGUGUCAAAUUUGAAGCGAACUUUGAUGGAUGCAAAUCAAUUGAGUAAAUUCAUCAGAAGCAAAUAUGAGACUAAGAAAUGGUAUGGGGUACCUGAAGAUAAUGGUAGUGGCUGUAGUAACAGUAGUAGUAGUAAAGAGGUUUUGAAUGAAUCGAAUAACUCUUCACUAUUGGAUUUUGAUAAGAAGAAAGAAAUUGUAAGUGCAACACCUACUCCGUCUGUCAAAAAUAGUAAUUUAAAAUUUGAUAAUUUAGAGAAACUGUCAUCAUCAAUUUCUAUUAGUAGUGAGAGAAGUGUGAAUAAUAAUGUUGAAAAGAGGCCUGAUUUAAAGAAAUCUAUCUUAUCAUUAUAUUCCAAACCGAGCGAAAAUAAUAGUAGUAAUAUUACUGGUAAUAUGAACAUGUCCAUACCAUCAUUCGCUAAUAAUACUAGUAAUACUAAUAAAAACACAUCUAAUUUAUCACUUGAUGAUAAUGAAUUAUUUAAAAAUGUUUGGACAUGA